AUGGCACGUUUAGCUGGUAAAGUAGCAUGUAUAACAGCAUCGACAGAUGGAAUUGGCUUUGCCAUUGCUCGUCGAUUAGCUCGUGAAGGUGCACGUGUUGUUAUUUCCAGUCGAAAACAGGAUAAUGUCGAUAAAGCAGUAGCAGCAUUAAAAAAAGAAAAUUUAGAUAUAUAUGGAACAGUUUGUCACGUAAGCAAAAGUGAUGAUCGAACACGUUUAUUAAAGGAAACUAUUGAAAAAUAUGGUAAAUUAGAUAUAUUAAUAUCCAACGCAGCAAUAAGUCCAUCAUUUGGAAAUAUUUUAGAAACUACAGAAUCAGCAUGGGAUAAAAUAUUUGAUGUUAAUGUAAAAGCAGCUUUUUUUCUUAUUAAAGAAGCUAUUCCAUAUCUUGAAAAACAAAAAAAUAGUUCUAUUGUUGUUGUAUCCAGUAUAGCUGCUUACAGCCCUCUUGAUCUUAUCGGUGCUUAUUCAAUAUCAAAAACGACUUUAUUAGGUUUAACAAAAGCACUUGUUAAUCCAUGCAGUCAAAAAGGUAUUAGAAUUAAUGGUAUUGCUCCUGGAAUUAUUAAGACAAAAUUCAGUCAAUUAUUAUGGGAAAAUGAUGAAGUCAAAGAUUCUGAAGCAAUACCACCAUUUAAUGGAUGUGCAAUGGGUAGAGUUGGUACACCUGAUGAAUGUGCUAGUACAGUAGCAUUUCUUUCCAGUGAUGAUGCAACAUAUAUUACUGGUGAAACAAUUGUUGUUGCUGGUGGCAUGCCAAGCCAUCUUUAG